AUGCUAUACAAAUUCUGCAGGAGAGCGCUCUUCUCAAAUGACCAAACCAUAAUCAAAAAAGCGAUAGAUUCAUCAGUUAAUUCACUAAAAAGAGUCUUUGAUCCUAGACUCAUCGAUGGAUACUUUAUUAGCCACAGACCAUCUUCCCAAAGAGUAAAUGGGACUAUAGGUAAAGAGGAUUUCGAUGAUGUGCUUUUUUAUACAACUAGUGUCUCUGAAGGAGAAACAGCGAGAAAGUGCAUAAAGAGUGUUCUAAAUGUGAUUGGUGUGGUUCUGGGGAUACAUCUUGUCUUCCUGUCCCUGCACAAAGUAAUUGCUGACUUCUCAGUACUUCCUACUGCCCAUUUAAAUAUGUACAAUGCGUAUUUAGAGACAGCCACUGAUAAAAACCACCAGAGUCUUAGACCCUUGCUCUUUUCCACCCUCUUUAACUCUGUUUCUAGGAGCUAUAGCAUGUUUGCAUCUCUUAUUCGUCUCCUGCCCUUUACCAUAACCAUAUGUGCAGUUAUGUGUCCAAUUUUAAAAAUGUCACUAAGAUCAAAAAACACAUACUUUCCUUAUAAGUACGCUGUGGGUAUUUAUACACUGCUAAUGGUUGUCUCUGUGCUAAUUCAUGUGGUGUUUGAUGUGACUAUGAACAAUCUACUAGCCAGUGACUCUUUAUGGAAGUCUCUAUAUGUAGUUUGCACAUUUUCUAUUGCGUUUUUAAUUGCAUACGGUUACAUCAUUCUGGAGACAGCGAAUGCCUAUACAUCACUAAUGCAAGAGCAUCCAUGUGCAUUCACUCCCAAAAGAGUAGGAUAUACACUUACUCUGAUUGCAUGCGGGGUCUUAUUGACUCUAUGGAGUAUAUAUGCUAUAGGCCUAUUUCUGUGCUAUGGAGCUAGGAGAACCAUCAAUGAGUCUAGCAGUCUUUCUAAGCCAUCACACUCUCUCUUCGCUCCCUCUGCACCAGAUGAUACUGUUCCUAAGAUACCACUUGAAUAA